CGUCGAUCGACACACAUACGCACUGAUACAUUGAUACACAGAGGGAUCUAGCCACUGAGAGAGAGAGAGAGAGAGAGAGAGAGAGAGAGAGAGAGAGAGAGAGAGAGAGAGAGAGAGAGAGAGAGAGAGAGAGAGAGAGAGAGAUGGAUGUGGAGGUGGAGGUGGUGGGAGGGGAAGCAGGGCGGUUGGAGAGAUCGGUAGGACAGAGGAAGGCGGCUUUGCAGUCGUCGUUUGGUGUACAGGCGAACGCACUGACUCGCAAGAACUUGCGUCUUCAAGCCCGCCAGUGGAAGACGAACGCCUGUCUCGUCUCUUUUCCCAUCAUCCUCUUUCUGAUCUUGAUUGCUUUGCAAGCUGUCUUUGACAAAUUGCUCUUCGGCGGCUCCGAUUUCAAAUGCGGUUGCAAUGAAGAUCAUCCUGACCAAUGCGGCAUCGAGUUUUCCAACGCCAACCAAGCCGCUUGGUGCGCUAUCAAGGACCCUCCUCUCAAUCCUGCCUUCUUGCAGAUUCCCAAUGUCACAGCCGGGAUGGCGAUGGAUCCCUUCGCUAUGAUAGUUCCCGUGACGGGCAACAACCGGUCUAUGGCAGAAGCAAUCGGCAGUCGUCUUUUUCCCAAUCUUGAGAGUAGUAAUCACCUCCCUCCCUCGUUUAAUUGGACCGAGGAGGGAGCGCUGGAGCUAGCCUUGCUCUCUAUUCUCCCCGUCUAUCCUAACGGAACAACUGCCGCCGGUGGGAUGUCGGUAGUAUCUGGAACCGCCAAAGAACCGACCAUGGGUGCACCCCUCAUUGACCCCGCCUUAACCGGGGAUGAUGCAGAAUGGGACCCUGUUUUCUUAAUUAGCAAUUCAUGUCUGGCCUUCUCAGCGGCCGCCGGAUUCGGUGGGGGGGUAGCCUCGGUAUCAUCGCCAGCCAUGGGCAGCAGUAGUGAUCAGAGCGCGUGGGUGCUUAGACCGACGCAAUUUGGCGGGAAUGAUUUUGGCGGGAAUGUCAGUUUCGUGAAGUCGGGUUCGAAGCUGAAUUUUCUGUUAGGCUGUUACGAGGCCAAGAGUAUUUAUUUCCCGCCAUAUUUAGAUCUUGAUUUCGUUGGCGGGGUUUUCUCAGGUGGUCGUGCUGCGCUCAAGACGACGAAAGGGUUCGAUAGCAGCGUGGAGGCUUUCUUGUAUAAUCGGUACAUCGCUGCUAGACCUAGUGAACAGGAGUUGAAGAAAGAAGCAAAAGAGUAUGUCCCUGGUGUCGUUGCCGCAUACGAUUUCAAGGAUUCCAGCCCGAGUCGACUCGAUCUCAAUGUAUGGUAUAACAAAACCUAUCAGAUGUCUGUGGGCGAUGCCCCCGACCUCACUCUUCGACUCGCUCGGUCUUUUAAUCUCGCAACGAAGGCCUUCUUGUCGUGGGCGAUGGGAGAGAACAACAACAGGAAUCCUGUCAGGGCGUACAGCGGCGGGAUGAAGAGGAGACUCAGCGUGGCCAUCUCGCUGAUCGGCAAUCCGCUGGUGGUGUACAUGGACGAGCCGAGCACGGGACUCGAUCCCGCGUCGAGGAACAACCUGUGGCAGGUCGUGAAGGAGGCGAAGAGAGGCAGGGCGAUCAUCCUCACCACUCAUUCCAUGGAGGAAGCGGAGGUACUGUGCGAUCGCCUCGGCAUUUUCGUUGACGGCCAGUUCGCGUGCAUCGGCAACCCCAGGGAGCUGACGGCUCGGUACGGCGGCACGUACGACCUGACAGUCACGACCCCGCCGGGAGAGGAGUCGGCCGUCGAAGCGCUCGCUCUGUCUCUCUCUCACCGUGCGAAGAAAGUAUACUCCCUUGGAGGAACGCAGAAAUUCGAGCUCCCCUCGUCGGAGGUGGACCUGGCCGACGUCUUCAAUGCCAUCGAACGAGCAAAGACCAAGAUCAACAUCCAAGCCUGGGGCAUAGCCAACACCACGUUAGAGGAUGUCUUCAUCAAAGUAGCGAAGAAGGAGGGAGAAAUUCUCCAUUAAGAAGAAGCUCUCUCUCUCUCUCUCUCUCUCUCUCUCUCUGUGUGUGUGUCUCUCUUUCAUUCCUCUGGGUCAACUGUCCGUUGUGCUUGUCAAUUUUCUUAAUGACGGGUUGCUCCUUUUCCUUUUGAUUUAUUUUUAGAUCUAUUUAUUUGCUCGUUUAUUUAUUUAGUUUUCGAUCUGUUAAUAACACCUUAUUAUCCCCCUUUUCUGUCUCUGGCCUUUUCAUUUUGCCUGCCUUAUUUCUCUUAUGCGAACGCGCGUCAGAAGAUCUUCGCCGCGACGCCGCGACGCCGCGACCCGGGUCGAGGUCCCGCUUGCCUCACAAACACAUAAUCUCGGUAAGUGGGACAUUACCCCGGACCUCG